CGGAGGCUCGCGCGCGUACAGCAACGUAGCGGUCAGAGCCGAACUCAUUUGCUGAGAACAGUCGCUUCGUUGGGCCCAGGAGCGACGGAAACUUCACUGCCAACAUGUCCGACGAUGAGCAGGAGCAGACAAUAGCCGAAGACCUGGUGGUCACCAAGUAUAAGAUGGGGGGUGACAUCGCCAACCAGGCUCUCCGUAAGGUUGUGGAGGCAGCUAAAGCCGGGGUCUCCGUCCUCAGUCUGUGUGAGGUAGGCGACGCCUACAUCAUGACUGAAACUGGAAAAGUCUUCAAAAAGGAGAAGGAAAUGAAGAAAGGUAUUGCCUUUCCUACCAGCGUCUCCGUCAAUAACUGUGUUUGCCACUUCUCCCCCCUGAAGAGUGACCCAGACUACAUACUUAAAGAUGGGGAUCUGGUCAAAAUAGAUCUUGGUGUACACGUUGAUGGCUUCAUUGCAAACGUCGCUCACAGCUUUGUUGUCGGAGCCAAUAAGGAGAACCCCAUCACAGGCCGAAAAGCUGAGGUCAUCAAAGCAGCACAUCUGUGUGCGGAAGCAGCUCUACGCCUCGUUAAACCCGGGAACCAGAACGCUCAAGUGACAGAGGCCUGGAACAAGAUCGCACAGUCGUUUAAAUGCUCUCCUAUUGAGGGUAUGCUGUCUCAUCAGUUAAAGCAGCAUGUGAUAGACGGAGAGAAAACAAUCAUUCAGAACCCAACAGACCAGCAAAGAAAGGACCAUGAGAAGGCAGAGUUUGAGGUACAUGAGGUCUAUGCUGUUGAUGUCCUGGUCAGUACUGGUGAGGGAAAGGCCAGAGAUUCGGGCCUGAGGACCACGAUCUACAAAAGGGACCCCAGCAAGCAGUAUGGCUUGAAAAUGAAGACUUCUCGCACGUUUUUCAGCGAAGUGGAGCGACGUUUCGAUGCCAUGCCAUUCACACUAAGGGCUUUUGAGGACGAGGCCAAAGCUCGCCUUGGAGUGGUGGAGUGUGCCAAACAUGAGCUGCUGCAGCCUUUCAGUGUGCUUCAUGAGAAGGAGGGAGAAUUUGUUGCACAGUUUAAGUUCACAGUGCUGCUGAUGGCAAAUGGGCCUCAUAGAAUCACAAAUGGACCCUUUGACCCGGAGCUCUACAAGUCAGAGCAUGAAGUUCAGGAUCCAGAGCUAAAGGCUUUACUACAGAGCUCUGCAAGCCGUAAAACACAGAAGAAAAAGAAAAAGAAGGCCUCAAAGACUGCAGAAAACGCAACAGGACAGCCAGCUGAGGACACGGAAGCAGCAGAAUAAAAAAUAAAUAAAACUGCCUUUCGAAAACAUUCAAGACCCCAAAGAAAAUUGAGGCUAAAUAUCACAAGUUUUCUUGACCUCUCUGCCAAUUAAAUAAUUGACUAAUUAAACUGAUACAUUUAUUUAAACAAAUACAUGCGUCAGAUCGAUAUUUAUCUUAACCCUUUACUGUAUUCAUAGAUAAAAUCAUUUAAGUUUCUUUUCUUCCCUGAUAUGGUUCAAUAGCGAGGAAAAUUGGCCUGUUUAAAAGUCAAUGAGAUGCAAAGCAAGUCCUCAUUUUGGUGUUAUGUGCUUCUUUUAUUGAAAGUCCCCAAUCUGAGAAUUUUUUCUGAAACAAGUUGAUGUUUAGUUCAGAUAUUUGUAGAAUUUAUUUUUGCCUUAUUAGUAAAAAACUUAGCUAAUGCUGUUGCUUUUGACAGCAAUAUAGUUUUUAUGUAUUUUCACUCGUUUCUAGUUUACAUUCACUUUUAAAAAUAUACAUGGGUUAUCCCUUAUUUUUCUUGAAGAUAUGAUGCAGUAAAGGGUUAAAAAGAAUAAGACAGUUAUUUUUAACGACUCCAUGUGUUCCCUUGAAACCUUGUUUUAAUUCCCAGAUUUUAAAGGAGCCAGACAGAACAUUUUAAGUAUACAGAAAAGGAAAAAAGAGGAAACAAACAUAACUAGGGAACAAUCUGCUACAUUAACUGCCAUUCCCCUUUUAUGAUGACAAACAUUAAUACCUUAUGAUCUAGUUUAGAAACCGCUAACUUUUCUAGCAUUUUCAGCUGUACUGUGCUUUAGCCAUAUGGUGACAAAAGCUGUUAAAAGUUAUGGAAAACCUGUUUGAAGACGAGUCUUCAGAGUUAUAAGAUCAUUUCAUGUCAGUUUCCAUUUUGAGGUCUGAGAUCAAUUUGUUCAUACUUGUCAACAAUGAAGUAUAGUGGGAGGAGCACAAUGUUGCUUUUCAAAAUUAACCACUGGACAAGUAACUUUACAUCUAAAAGAAAGUGAAAAAUAAAAUGUUUUCAUACAA